UGCACAGUGAAACUAAGAAAAGCCCCGUUCUUUAUAAACCCCAAAUCCACCAUCGGAAUUCCGAAGGGACUCAUUAUUCUCUCUUUCCGUCCUAUUUGUAGAACUUCUAUCAUUGUUUAUAUUCUUCUCCAUCGUUUUAUCUCAUUACAUCUCAAACCUUUUUGUUUGAUAAUCUACCUUUAUUGUUGCGAUUCCACCACAUUUAAGCCGCAAUUCCUACUAAUCAGUGGCCGUUAGGAGAGCCCAUGAAUUCAAGGCCACAGGCCUCCUUGAGUAAAUGAGAGUGCUUGAAACGGGGAUGAUGGCUUUGGUGAUCCAUCAAGUGCAAGGUUCUCAUGGAACAUUUUCCUCAAGGCCUGUAUCAUGGAGCAAAGGGGUAAAAUUGAAACAACGCGCAGUUAUGAUUCCGAUUGCUGGGAGAAGUGGUAGGUGUUUCUCAUUAAAACAAAAAUUGCAUACAAGUGUAGAGGUUUUGUGUUCAUGUGGAUUGGAAGUUAAAGCUUUAAGAAUUUUAUCCUUCAAAGGCAAUACGCGAAAUGAUGAAUCAGGAAGCAGAGCAAAUAGAUCAAAUGUUCCCAAAAAAUCUGCUAAACUUUCUUAUGUGCCAAAAGAGACGGGAGAGAGCAUGAUGGAAUCUCCAAAGGUGCACAAUGCUCAUGUUUCUUGUACUUCUGAAGCAAAUGAGACAAUUGCAGGAUCUCCAGCAAUUCAUAAAUUAUUCAAGAAAUGGUUGACAAUGUUGCACACACAUUCACCACGUCAAGCAGCGGAUGAAAUUCUGGAAGGUCUCCCUCCAAGUGAAAUAUCAGAAAUUCGAAAUGCCACUCAGAACAAGGGAAGAAGUAAAGCUCAAAACCAGGGAAGAAGUGAGCUUCUGAAGGCGGCUUGGCAGUACUUUUUGGGAGUUGAUGCAACAAUAAAGAUACCUCUGUUGAUAUUCAUCCCAUGUGUUGUGGCUGUUUACAUGAUUCAUGGUGCUGAUGUGUUGAAGGAUUUGACUCCUUUGUGGGUUUUGGGUCCAUUGAUUGUUGCUCUCUAUAUCAAGAUGUUUCAGGCAUUAUGUGCACUCUAUGUCUUCACCUUUAGGCAGAGUGUUUUAGUUAAUGUUGCGCAGGGGAAGCUCAAGGGAGACGUCGGGGCUCGUGUUUGGGAUCCUUUAGCAAACAUUAAGAAAAACCACAAACAGCUAUUGAGAAAAAAGCUGGAAGAACUGAAGGAGUGGGUGGUGGAGAUGUACCUCGAUUUUGUGGAGUCGAUAUGGCCCUAUUAUUGUAAAACUAUAAAGCUCCUACAGAGGGCGAAUCUGAUCUAGAUUAUGGAAGUUUUGGGUGAGACUGAAUGGCAAUUACAUAUUGGAGAAAGCUUACGACCGGUUGUUACUUGAAAUAGAGUUGUUGAAGCCCAUUUUGUCAGUAUCACUUUCCACGGCAGCGUGAAGGAAGAUGAAGAGAUUCUGAUUAUUUAAUUAUUUAUUUAGCUCAUUGUAAUUUAAUUGUUGUUCCAAGUGAGAUUCCGAUUGUGUUGUUUCUUUUAUGAGAAAUUUGUUUGAACAUAUUCUCAUUGCAUAAUUAGAAAUGCCAAGAUUUGUUACUCCCUA